GCAAUCAUUCAAAAGCAAUUUGUAGGUUUUGUUCAGAUCUACAAAACGAUUUUUAAAGCUUGCAAAAGUAUUGUAUGGUUUAAGAGAAAUCUACGAAACAAAAAGCGUAACGCCACCGCGUAAAAAGAGGUUUCUCUGUACUUCAAUGUUCUCAAAAUUAACACGACCUUCUCAAAUUACAGUCUUACAUCCCGACGAUCAAAUGGAUCCGCACAAAUGGUACACGGCCGAGUUCCAAAUCGUCGAGAACGACAACAAGCGCGGCGCAUGGAGUCUUCUGUUUCGAGACUACAAGUACAUCAAGGCCGACCAAAACAAACUGAAGGGCACGCGAAGCUGGAGGUGCACCAAAAAGCACAAGUCGUGCCUGGCUCGUGUCACCACGCGAGGGCACAACGAGCUUAAAAUAAACGCGCAUCUGCACAAUCAUCCUCCGUUUGUUGCAACGCAGCAGGAACUGGGUGAAUCGGCGCUUCCGGUGCCGGAAUUUAGGGCUAUCAAGUGCGAACCGGUCGAGAUUGAUGAUACUUUCUGCUACCGCACGAACCAAUGACACCAAUGAAAUGGUACACCGUGGAGCUGCAAAUGGCCGAAAACACUCGCGGCAACAUCAAUCUCCUGUUCCGGGGCUACGUCUACUGCAGGGAUAACGACAACAUCAGCACCACCAACUGGAGGUGUGUCCGAAAAAACAGCUGUAGGGCGCGUGUUACAACCCGGGGUCAUCGCGAGCUAAAAAUCGGACUCCGCGAGCAUAGCCAUCCCCCGCAACAGGAAGUUUCAAGCGUUCCGGAAGAAGAGGCAGAAAUGGUACCAGAUUCGCUUACUCCGGUGCGAGAAUCAGCGGUCAUCAAGUGUGACCCGGUCGAGUUUGACGAUGUAAUUCAACUCGACUAAAAACACAUAUUCUGGUAUUUUCAUCCAUACUGCAGUACUAGAUUGGAACGUUUCUCUGAAGAUAAGAUGAUAUUGUAUAUCGUGGAGCUUCAAAUGAUCGAACACAUUCGGUCAAGUUUGAUAAAAUUCAUAAAAAAAGAAAGUUGUCUUUUACUGUAGUACUAGAUUGGUAUGUUUCCUUUUAAAUCUUGUUUAACAUAAUUUUUAACAUUUUCAUUCCAGUUUUGCUACCGC